AUGGACGCCGCGCCCGAGCUCCUGAGGGUCCCGCCGGCCGAGCUGCUGGACGACGUGCUGCGGGAGCAGUUCGGGCCGCUGCCCCAGCAGGCCACCAUCUGCCGGCUCAAGCGGCUGCCGUCGUCCACCCAGGACGUGCAGUUGGUGCUGGAGCGGCGGCGCGUGGCCAACGCCAAAGAGCGCGAGCGGAUAAAAAAUCUCAACCAUGGUCUGGCCAAACUGAAGGCAUUGGUGCCGUUUCUUCCCCAAAACAGGAAGCCUAGCAAAGUUGAUAUCCUCAGAGGUGCAACCGAAUACAUACAAGUUCUCACUGAUGUUUUGGAAGAAGCCAAAGACUCUGAGAAACGAGACCCAGAUCAUCAGAGCUAUAGCAGCAGUACUUCUGAGCCACAUACUUCCUCAGCUAGACAGCUAUCGAGAGACAUUAUGCAACAUUCCGGCUGUGCUGUGGGCUUGAAGAAUGAGAAGGAAGGGUCCUGGGCAGAUGGUGGCAGUGGUGAGUUGGCACAUACUUAUCGCCAGAGGGCAGUGUCUAUGAUGGGAAUUCUCUCCCCAACCAGCAGUCUGCUAAAGUGUUUGUUCUUGAAUAGUUAUGUUCCCUCAAGUAUGAGAAGUGAAAAGGCUGGCCCAGGGCUACCUUCUACAGACGAAUAA